CCAUUUUUUAGCUUCAGAAGCUUUUUCAUUAGUACACAGUGUUUACAUAUUAAGAUAAAUAAAAUUGCUUUACUGGUGAUUUCCAUCGCGUGCUAUAGAAGGUGUCAAAAUUCUUUAUUUCGGAUAAUUUAAUAAAACUUCACAACACAAAAUGAAUUAUGGAAAGAAAUCACCGAGCAUGGGAACACCAUCUGUUUAUUCACAUGUAACAACCCGUAGUAGUGCAAAUUUGAGAUCAUCAAGAUCUGUACGAAGUGUUAAAAUACCAUGGUACCGAAGGACACGUCUAGCUAAUGCAUAUGUACUGGACAUUCAAAGAGCUGCUAUGCUAACAGCCAUUUAUUCAUUGUGUCUGGCGAUUUUCACAAUAUGUACAUCAGUCUUCGAUAUUUAUUGUCUUGCACAAGCAGCUCCUGGAGUCACUCAUUACGGCUACCGAAUAAUAUCCUAUGAAUUUGUCUACGUGGGCAAUAAGCAUGUUCGGAAUUCAUUGAUUGUGUUCGCCUUGUUUUCGAUGUUGGGCGCAAUAGUGAUUGUAUUCACGUCUAUAGUUUUGAUAAAAGCAUUGCGAAAGGAACACGAAAAGAGAAUGCUUUUAUGGAUCUGGUCUUUUUUGGUCUUCACCGGAUAUCGUUUAGUCGUAUUUGUAUAUAGCAGUGUUGUUAAUGACAUGAUAUUCGGCUAUAAUAUCGCAAUGUGUCUUCUUUGGAUCGUAUUUUCCUUGACCUCCAUCUACGGAUGGCUUGUCGUUCAUUCUUUAUAUAUUGAACUCAGUGAUUUGACAAGAUUGGAGGAUUUGGCACACUUGAGAAUUGGAACGAUGCAGUCUUUGAAUGCAUCGACGACACACUCCAUUGCUGGAUCUCGUCCUACAACUCCACACAGUACAGUAUCAACGAUGCCCGUUAAUUGAUCAAUUUUAAUCUAUCUUCAUACUUAAUAAUUAUUUUCGUCAGCAGUUUUAUGAAAUAUCACUGCCACAUUUAAAGCGCUUUUCGCUUCCACGAGAUAUUUUUGAGUCUUUAUAAAAUCAGAUUUUAUUAUUUUGAUUAACUGAACCCAGGGUGGCUGCUGGAUCGGGAAACUGGGAAAUGACAUUGAAUUUAUUUGUUUACCGGGUAUUUUCACGUUUUUCAAUUUAGUUUACAAUACAUGAUUCGAAAAUCUUCCACUUACAAAUUUUGUAUUUCAAUUUUUAAGGGUAAAUUUUUCAUCUAAAGAAUUUUCAAAUGCAGUUUUAAAGGUUUAAAAAAUAAAAAAAAUAGUAGCGUUUGAAAUCGUCAAUUUUUGAGAAAAAAAGCUUUUUAGUUGAUCAAACAAAUGUCAAUUAUAAGUAUUUUUCAAAUGGAACUAUACAUUAAGGAUUAAAAAGUGAAUAAUAAUAUAUUUUUCAAGACGAUUCGAAAUCA